AUGGCGGCGGUGUCUGCAGUUUCAAUUCAGAGCAAUAGCCCUGCAAGAGAGCUUACCCUUUCGGCUCAGCAAGGCGGUGGCCAGGCACAUGGAGAUAGGGUCAAAAAUGAAGAAGGAACAGAAGCAGAGAAGCAGAGUCGAGUGGCUGCUCUGCUGGAGAGGCUCCAUGCCAAGCACAAUGCUUCACGGCCCUGGCAGGAGACCAGCAAGGUGGUGCGCCAGGCCAUGGAGAAACGCGGUGUUAUGAAUGCUGCUGGCCACCAGCUCCUGCUUACCUGCCUGGAAACCCUGCAGAGGGCGCUGAAAGUGUCAUCCCUGCCUUCCAUGACAGAUCGUCUGGAGUCCAUCGCUCGACAGAACAUGCUGGGCUCCCACCUUAGCCCUUCAGGGACAGAGUGCUACAUUACAUCAGAUAUGUUUUACGUGGAGGUACAGCUGGACACCACUGGUCAGUUAGUGGAUGUCAAGGUGGCUCAUCAUGGAGAGAAUCCUGCGAGCUGUCCUGAGCUAAUUCAGCACCUUAGGGAGAAGAACUUUGAAGAGUUCUCCAAACAUCUGAAAGGACUGGUCAACCUGUACAAGCUCCCUGGUGACAAUAAGCUGAAAACGAAGAUGUACCUAGCACUGCAGUCUCUGGAGCUUGAUCUCACCAAGAUGAUGCACAUGUUUAGGUUAGCCACCAAUGCUAAUACAGUUGAGACCAUUCUCCACGGCAGCGUGGGCCUGCUGACGGCCAGAAGCGGUGGCCAUCUUGUUUCUCUUCAGUGUUACGUGUCCCCUUAUGACAUAUUUGAGGAGGGAACGGGAACACAGCUCAACUUAACGGACAACAAUGUUCCUCGCUCAAUGGGUGUCAGUGUGUCUGUGACAGUCGAGGGAACCACCUCAGUCUACAAGCUCCCUAUUGCACCGCUCAUUACUGGAUCCCACCCUGUGGACAACAAGGGAACGCCCUCCUUUUCCUCAGUGACCAACUCCAACUGUGUGGACUUGCCUGCUUGUUUCUUCCUCAAGAUGAACCGCCCCAUACCCUUCUCUCUCGCCUUCAUUCAGAGGAUGGGCACUGCAACAGGAAUCCCAGUGUUUGAUAGCUCUCCCAGCCUGUCCCCUCUCUACCAGCUCAUUGUCCAUAGCCAGCUCCAGCAGCUUGAGGAGAGCAAUCCCCCACCGCCACUCUCACACAACAUGCACUUCUACUCUUCACUGCCAGAUCAGCAACACUGUUACUUCCUCAAUGGCGAUGCUCCUGUACAGGAGGGCCGCUCCCUCCAGGGGGCACUGGUGUCCAAGAUCCCUUUCCGCCACCCAGCCCAAGUACCAGCUCUUCUUGAUAUUAUUCGGCACCAGGCAGCCUACAACACCCUGAUAGGCAGCUGUGUCAAACGCACAUCCAUAAAAGAAGACAGCGCAGGCCUGCUGCAGUUUGAGGUGUGCCCCCUUACUGACUCCAGCUUCAGUGUCUCCUUCCAGCAUCCUGUCAACGAGUCAUUAGUCUGUGUGGUGAUGGAAGUGAUUGACUCCAGACAGGUAGCUUGCAAACUAUACAAAGGACUGUCGGAUGCUCUGAUCUGCACUGAUGAUUUCAUCACCAAAGUAGUCCAGAGAUGCAUGUCUAUCCCUGUGACCAUGCGGGCCAUUCGGAGGAAAGCAGAGACCAUCCAGGCAGACACUCCAGCCCUUUCCCUCAUCGCGGAGACUGUGGAGAUCAUGGUGAAGAAUAACCUGCCGCCUUCAGGUAGUCCCAGCUAUAAUAUGGCCACGGGCGCUGAUGGUUCCAAUCCAAUGGUUCUGCCUGGGCUCGGAGGUGGUAAUACACCUACUGGAGGAGGGCCUCCUGGUGGGGCCAAUUUUACAGGUCCCAUUACCUCUUUGUUUGGCUUGAACCGCAAUCAGGCCCAAGGAGGGGAGUGUAUGAGCCAAGGUGGGGGGACUGGGCAGCAGCAAUUACAACAACAACAUCAGCAACAACAACAAAGUCAAGGCCACUCAGAAGAUUACAGCAAAGUCACCCAGAAUCCCAUUCUAACCAGCCUGCUCCAAAUAACGGGAAAUGUAGGUUCAAGCCCCAGCUCCCAGAAUCCACCCCCACAACCCCAUCAAACCCCACCCCCAACUUCCUCACCUGCCAGCAACACCAAGAAUCAUCCCAUGUUGAUGAACUUAUUAAAGGACAACCCCUCCCAAGAUUUUGCAGCACUGUAUGGUUCUAGUCCACUAGAGCGGCAGAAUUCAUCAUCUGGCUCGCCACGCACAGAAGGCAUGGGGGGCAACUGCCCUGGAAGUGGCACAAAAGGAAAGAAAAAACGCCCGCGGGGGACAGAGAAAGGUGGCAUGAUGGCUGGGGCUGGUGGGGGAGGUGGUAUUGGAGGCAGUGGUAUGAGCAUGAAAGCACAACAAUCUUCCAUGCAGCAGCACCACCACCAGCACCAGGCCACACAUGAGGACGAUUUCCACCGUGAGCUGUUCUCUAUGGAUGUUGAUGCCUCCCAAAACCCAAUCUUUGAUGUCAAUUUGCCCGGUGAUGGCUUAGACACACCCCAUAGCAUUACUCCAGCACCUAGCCAAUGUGGAACCCCGCCCUCAGGCCCAGGUGUGCCUUAUCACACACAGUCACAUGUGCAGUCCCAGCAACAGCAGCAGGCCCCUUUGCCACCCAGAAUGGUACGUCUCUCCAGCUCUGAUAGCAUUGGGGCUGACAUCACAGAGAUCCUGUCAGAUUUGCCCGAGCAGACGGGUAAAGGUAACAGUGCAGGCCAUGGACAGCACCACAUGGGCAGUGGUGGGGAGGAUGGCGGCCCAUUAGGUACCCCGAUCCGUGACUCCUCCAGUUCGGGCCAAGGUAGUGCUGUGUUUGACUCAGACAUUUUUAAUACCAACAGCAAUGAGAAUCCCUUCACAGAUGCUGCUGACCUUAUUGCUGAGGCAGCUGCCACUGCAGCCACACCCACUAGCGAUUCUUCCUCCACCAAUUUUUUCCCAGAUGCUGCAGACUUCAACCCUGACCUGCUAACCUCAGGCCAUGGCUUCUCCCAGGGCUAUUUUGAUGACAGCUCCCCUAGCGCUGAUGGUGAUAUGGACCUUGUCAAGGGCUUUGUUGGGAGCAGCCAACAGAACACCCCUUCAGGAACACCUCAAAAUCCUCCAUCGCAUGGACAGAGCACACCAGAGCCCUCACUGAAAGACCCUUUUGACAUGGGAAUAGUCUUUGGAGGCAACAGUGGAGGGGGUAAACCACUUUUGGGACAAGCUGAUUUGGGGGAUGCACACUCAUCUCAUGGAGGGGGUGGACAGAGCCCCCUCAUGUUGGGCCUGGGGGGAACUGGGAGUGACUUUAAAAGUUCAGAGGUCAAAGUAAAACAGCCACAACAGGGACUAAUGAGGCCCAAAGAUGAGAAUGGAGGCAGUGCAGGCAGUAGCUCAGGAAUGGGGAUGGGCAGCAGUGGUUCAAUGGAGGGGAAACAGGUUAAACGUAGCAGGACUCCCUCAAGUGAAGGAAAGUCCAAAGAUAAGCCCCCUAAACGCAAAAAGAUAGACCCUGAAGGGAAGUCCCCCUCCCACAGUUCAGGGGGAAGACCGUACACCCCACCAAGUGGUGGCUCUGGAUCUGGAGCAAGCAUGAGUGGAGGGGGCUCCAAGUCUCCUGGGAGCUCAGGACGCUCACAAACUCCUCCUGGUGGUGCCACUCCUCCCAUUCCCAAAAUCACAAUUCAGAUCCCCAAAGGGACCUUAUCUGGGGGCAAAACAUCCUCCCAUGGUGGCUACACCUCGAGUAGCUCAGCCAGUGGCAGCACAGGGGGGGCAGCGGGUACCAGCAGCAGUAAAAGUCACCAUUCUCACUCUUCCUCUUCCUCUGGAAAGAUCAAGAGCAAGGAAGGCUCUUUGGGUCAGGGCAACAGUGCAAAACCAGGGAGUGUUGGAGUAGGGGUCGGAGGUGGACCAUCCCAGUCUAAAGGCUCAUCUCAGGGAAUGGGUAUUGGCAAACCAGGCUCUUCACCCAUCACAAAACAUGGACUGUCUGGUCCAGUAGGCAGUGGGGGUGGAAUUGGAAGUGGUAAUAAGAUCAAGACUCAGGGGGGAAAACCUUCUGGGUCACUUAUGAAUCCAAGUAUCAAACCCAACAUCUCCCCUUCUCAUUCCCGCUCUGGUAGUUCUGGUGACAAGAUGUCCUCCCCACUGAAAAUGCAGCAGUCCCAGGUUCCAGGAACCCCUCCCUCCUCCAAAGCUAAGUCCCCCAUGGGCUCAGGAAGUGGCAGCUCGGGUGGGUCCAAGUCAUCCUCUGGAGGGGGGUUGGGCUCCCAGAAGCCAAUGGGUAGCAGUUCCUCUUCAGGCUCUACAUCAUCAACAUCUUCCUCCAACUCAGCCUCUUCGUCUGGGUCCAUGGCCUUCUCAGGAGGCUCCCAGUCUCAAUAUGGAACGGGUGGGGGAGGAAGUGGAGGGUCAGGAGGAGCAGGAGGUGGAGGAGGGAGUGCUGGUGGAGGGGGAGGAGGAGCCGGAAGUGGGGGAGGUGGAGGAGGAGGUGGGAGUGGUGGUGGAGGAGGAGGUGGUCAGAACAAUGCAAACAACCCCAACGCCAAAGGCAAAUCUCCCAGCCGCAACAAGAAACCCUCCCUUACAGCAGUCAUAGACAAGCUGAAGAGCGUAGGAGGAGGAGGAGUGGGGGAAGAUGGAUGUGAAGUAGGGCCGCCAGCAGGUGGUCCUGGUGGUGGUGGGUCAGGCCCUGGCACUGGUCCUGGAAAUGUACCUGGCAGUGGACCCCCCAACAUGGGUCCUUCUAAGCAUGUCAUGUCCUCCCAAGGCGGGGAGUAUAAGCGGGAAAAGUCUGACAAAGACGCCAAGGCCAAAGUGUCUGUCUCAGGGGGAAACAGCGGUGACAAAAAGAUGAUGGACUCAAAAACAGGAGGGGGGAGUGGCACUUGUUUGGCCAAAAUAAUCAUCAGUAAACCAGAUGGUGGCUCGCCCAGCAUCAAAGCCAAAGUGACCCUCCAGAAAGCUGGUGAAGGUUCUGGGGAGUCCAUGCGUCCCCAGCUUUCCAGCCUCAAAGCGUCACCGUUGUUUAGUGGCUCCACCCCAAAACAUGACCGCUCCUCCCCUAGCCAUAGUCGCUCACCAGGAUAUACCCCACUCAACCAUGAUAGCGAGAGUGAGUCUGGCAGCAGCUCGGUGGCUGAGAAGUCCCACCAGAACAGUCCCAGCUCGGAUGAUGAUCAGACCAUGCGCCCCUUGCCCCCACAGGACUAUAUGAGCUCCAUACCUCUUAGUUCUGGGGAGAAGCACAAGAAACACAAGAAAGAGAAAAAGAAGCAGAAAGAAAGGGAGCGGGAGAGAGACAGAGACCGUGAGCGGGACAGGGAGAAAGAAAAGAAGAAAUCAUCCAUGUCCAUGGGUCCAUCCUCACAUCCCAUGAAGGCAGACAGUUGGUCACGGUCACCCAUCUCAGCCUCUGACUCCUCUCUGUCCAUGCUAUGUUCAGAACGUCCAUCUCGGCCCAGUCCAGUUUAUAUGCGAAAUGAAGAUGAUGACCUCAUGGACUCAGCGCUCACUGGCAACCUGUAAUCUUUUUUUAGAGACAAGAUUUGAAUUUUGCCAAUCUUUUUGAGGACUUUUUUUGGAUGCAUGUCAUUUAACAUACAAAUGGGACUUAGUAUUUAUUUAACUUUAGCCAAGAAUUGGGACUGUCUAAAUAGGAAAUGGCUUUCUGAAAGAUUUAUAACCUAUUAAAGCUGUGUUUUAAAAUGCCAUAUUUUACCACUCAACAGUAUCAGUACGUAUUACAACAAGAAUUUAAAGUGGGAUACUAGUUUUAGAUACAAGUGGGUGCUACAUAAAUUACACUGACAUCUCAAUCCACAUCUCAAUCAGCACGGGGGCCCAGUGGUUACCACUGUUGCCUCACAGCAAGAAGGUCCUGGGUUCAAACCCCAGGCUGUCCCAGGUCCUUUCUGUGUGGAGUUUGCAUGUUCUCGUGUCUGCGUGGGUUUCCUAUGGGUGCUCCAGUUUCCUCCCACCAUCAAAAAGACAUGCAUGUUAGGGAUAAUACUCCUGUCUGUGCCCCUGAGCAAGGCAAUGGAAAGAAGAACUGGAGUUGGUCUCCGGGCGCUGCAGCUGCCCACUGCUCCUAUACAAUAGGAUGGGUUAAAUGCAGAGAACAACUUUCAUUGUAAGAAUACAAUGUCAAAUAAAGUGGCUUUCACAUUUUGAAAAGAACCAUUUUCUUGAGUUUCAUUGAGGGAAUGGCUGCUUACACUAUUUUCAAAGAGAAUCACGUUUUAUUUUGGAUUUUUUGAUAUGUCCCUUUUUCUGUUACUGUGUUGUAUAUUUUAUCGUUGUUUUAAAAUUUCAGUUCAUCUGCAGCUUGUUUUGCAUUUGUUUUCAAGACAUGUUUAAUGAAAAAUCUACAAGAAUACCACAAUGUUUUUUAAAAAAAAACUAUAACCCCUGCUUUUUUAAGAGAAAGUAUUGAAAAGCAAGAAUUGUACAGCGUUUAGGCUAAUUGCCCUGUUUUUCACAUGGAGAUUUUUAGCUUUUGAUACCUUUUAAAUUGUAACGCAGAUCGGUGUAGGUGCAGACCGCUACAGUAGAUUCCUCACUGAGGAAGACACAUUAUGUUUGCUCUCCUGCUUUUGUUAAUUGUAGAAGUUUUGAAAGCUUGAAAUAAAACAUUUCA